UCUAAACGGGGACUUUAAAACGACAACGAAAAAACAGAAAUCGAUGCGUCAACAUUUUCUGUCGACGGAUUUCGUCUCUCGCUCUUGAUACAAACAACGAUACGUUUGGGGUGGAGCAAAGCUUGAGAUCGUAACAGUUUAAUCUGUCGUCGUGAUGAUUAUAAUCGCCCCGAGGAGCGACUUGGAUUGAUGAUUUGAGAUUCGCAACACGAACGGCCAUUGGCACCCGCUGCCGGCUGGGCAUGGAGAAGCACGAUGAAGCGGACUCGAUGGAAUUCAUCGACUGGGAUCGGAUGCCCGAGCGCGGCAACAAUGGCGGCGACGGCGGCGGCGGCGGCAGCGGCGUGGACGAAGCGUUCUUCCGUUCGGUCGAGCAGACGCAGCUCAAGCUCAUGGCCAGGUCCGGCCGCUUCUCCACCGAGCACUCGUCGCGCGCCGCCUUCUACCGCCACGCCCUGUCCUCGCUGCCGUGCCGGCUCGUCACGCCGGACGCCUCCGUGUACCGCGACUCGGCUCCCCGCCUCUUCCGCCUCCUCCCCUCCUCCGGCUCCGCCGCCCCAGCGUCGCCGGGCUUUGCCGACGGCUGGGCCGCGCCGCGCUACUGCCUGACGGCGGCGGGCCAGCUGGCCGUGGCGAGGGUCCUGCGCGCCGUCGAGCUGCACUUCCCGGACGUGACGUUCUGCCCGGCGCUGCCGGCCACCGUGGCGCUGCUGGCGCACUACUCGCGCUCUGAGGCCGAGCUGUUCGCCGGCGCCGCCAGGAUCCUGGCGCACGGCGGAAGGGCGGCCGACGAGAAGCAGGCGCCACGCCUCCACCUCCUGGACCAGACGUUCCUGGGCUUCGAGGCAUCCUGCAUGACCUUUGGCGACCUCGCUGCCAAGUACUGCCCCAGCGCCCACCGCAUCAUCGUCUCCCGUGAGCAGGACGUGCUGCAGGUGUACAGCGGCUGGCUACGCUGGCUGUUUGAGGACCUGCCCUUUGAGUUUGCCGUGCGCGUGUUCGACUGCUUCCUGCUGGAGGGACACAAGGUGCUCUACCGCGCGGCGCUCGCUCUCCUCAAGCUGUUCAAAAGCAGCGUGAAGAAACGGGCGCUCACAAACAGCCCCGGCCCCACCAGCCAGGACGGAGUGUGUGGCGAGAUCCGGUCGUUUGCCCGCUCGCUCUCUCUGCACGUGUCCCCCACGCGGCUGUUGGACCGCGGCUUCCGCGUGCGUCUGCUGUCGCGCCGGGAGAUCUCCCUGCUGCGGCUGGCCAACGAGAGCGCCCUGCAGGCGGCAGGGAUCUCGCGCGUGCAGCGCAGCCCUCACAAGCAAAAGCGGAGCGUGCAGCUCUCCGUGGACCUGAGCGCGGUGCACUCGGACGUGGUGUCCGCCCAGCAGAUGCACGCCGUGUGGUCGUGGAUCCCGGAGAGAUUCACGCUGACGCGCCCGCUGCUGCUGUUCACCACGGCGGAGCACGGGUACAGCCUCAGCAGGUUCUACACGCACUGCGAUGGACACGAGCCGACCGUUCUACUCAUCAAGACGACGGACGGCGAGGUGUGUGGGGCGUUUCUCUCGUCGGACUGGGCUGAGAGGAGGAAAAGCAAAGGAACGAUGAGUUUCUUUGGUACCGGGGAGUGUUUCGUGUUCAGACUGCACCCGGAGGUGGAACGCUACGAGUGGGUGGUGAUCAGACACCCGGAGCUGGCGCAGGCGGAGGGAGCGAGCGACACGGGCGACGCGCCGGGCACCACCGUCGCCCCCUUGCCCCCUGCCGGGGUUGAAGAGCCGCGCUCGGAUCGCCUGUCGCCCUUCCUCGCCACCAAACACUUCGGGCUGCCCAGCAAAACCGCGUCCAUGUUCAUGGCCGGGAAUGCGGAGAGCAUCAUUAUAGGUGGCGGUGGCGGCCAGGCCCUCUACCUCGACUCCGAGCUGAACCACGGGCGCACGGCACCCUGCGACACUUUCGCCAACCCGCCGCUGUGCACGGAGACCUUUCAGGUGCAGAUCCUGGAGGUCUGGGGCUUUGCCGAGAGUAGCCAAUGACCUCCCCCCGCGAAAGCUUUCAACCACAUCGCACUCCCACUUUUUUUUCCCCCACUGGCACACACCGGAGUCGGGCCUCCAACCCCCCCUCCCGGGGGGGGGUACAUCACCUUCCCGUUUGUCGAGCUGAGCUCGUGAGCGACAGCCGGCUUCGCUGGAUAAUCCGAAUCUGGCUUUGGGGCCAAGCAGGGCCAGGCGGCCGGGGUGACGGUGGAUAGAGUUUGAACUGCGACGUCGGCGGCACGACUUCGGCUCUUGCGGUGGGAAAAAAGUAUCUUGGCGCCUUCAUCAAUCGAUCAAUCGAUCAAUCGAUCAAUCGUGGCGUAGCCUGAGCACUCUUCUAUCGCUGCUGCCACGGUUACCGCUCCCGGGAAGUUCGCUGAUUGCUUUCUCUGCCCACGUUAAAGACUCGGUCUUCCAGACUGACUUUUGUCUCAUCCACACUGUUCAACCACCACACUGCAGGUGACAACAACAACACACUCACCCAUUCACCCACCCACUCGCCACACUGCAGGUCACAACAACAACACACUCAUCCACUCACCCACCCACUCACCACACUGCAGGUGACAACAACAACACACUCACCCACCCACUCGCCCACUCACCCACUCGCCACACUGCAGGUCACAACAACAACACACUCACCCACUCACCCACCCACUCACCACACUGCAGGUGACAACAACAACACACUCACCCACUCACCUACCCACUCACCCACCCACUCACCACACUGCAGGUCACAACAACAACACACUCACCCACUCACCCACCCACUCACCCACCCACUCACCACACUGCAGGUGACAACAACACACUCACCCACUCACCUACCCACUCACCCACCCACUCACCACACUGCAGGUGACAACAACAACACACUCACCCAUUCACCCACCACACUGCAGGUCACAACAACAACACACUCACCCAUUCACCCACCCACUCACCACACUCCAGGUGACAACAACAACACACUCACCCAUUCACCCACCACACUCACCACACUGCAGGUCACAACAACAACACACUCACCCAUUCACCCACCACACUGCAGGUGACAACAACAACACACUCACCCAUUCACCCACCCACUCGCCACACUGCAGGUGACAACAACACACUCACCCAUUCACCCACCCACUCACCACACUCCAGGUGACAACAACAACACACUCACCCAUUCACCCACCCACUCACCACACUCCAGGUGACAACAACAACACACUCACCCAUUCACCCACCACACUCACCACACUGCAGGUCACAACAACAACACACUCACCCAUUCACCCACCACACUGCAGGUGACAACAACAACACACUCACCCAUUCACCCACCACACUGCAGGUGACAACAACACACUCACCCAUUCACCCACCCACUCGCCACACUCCAGGUGACAACAACACACUCACCCAUUCACCCACUCACUCACCACACUCCAGGUGACAACAACACACUCACCCACUCACCUACCCACUCACCACACUGCAGGUCGCAACAACACACUCACCCAUUCACCCACUCACUCACCACACUCCAGGUGACAACAACACACUCACCCAUUCACUCACCCACUCACUCACCCACUCACCACACUGCAGAUCACAACAACACACUCACCCACUCACCCAUUCACUCACCCACUCAUCCACCCACUCGCCACACUGCAGGUCACAACAACACACCCACCCACUCACCCACUCGCCCACCCACUCGCCCACCCACUCGCCCACCCACUCGCCCACCCACUUGCCACACUGCAGGUCGCUUUUCACUUACCUCUCUGCUUCUUCUCUCACACUGCUCCACUUUGGAUUCCUCCCCCACCCCCCCCCCCCCCCCGUCUCUUCCUCCGACUCCUUAUAACUUUUCUCAAUUCAAGAAACGCAUUAACUUAUUCAUUCUCAUCUGGUGUACGUUCACGAGUGCUGUACGCUGCAGUCCACCUCGCCUUUUGGGCCAUUUGAGCCUCUGCUUGACAAAUUUUUUUUUUCAGUUAAAGUAAAAAAAAAACUUUCAAGUGACUUUGAGAUGUGCCACAAUGUGACCCCCCCAGAGAAAAAGAAAUGGUACAUUCCAGAGUUCAUACCCCAGGAAUGUUCCAUCCCUGUGAAGGGUGGGUACCAUUACACGAUGCAUUGGGAUACCUCUUAGCUUCCUGUAUUUGUAACGUUUUUGUUUAAAUUUCCGCGUGUAAACAUUUACCCAAUGUACCCAUUUCACUGUCGCGAUCUCCACAAGGCAGCUACUGUGUUACAUGACAUAUCCGUGUUGGAGUUCGUUGAGUAUUUUCUUUCUUAGAAGCCCAGUCACAGCAACUGCAGGGCAGAAUUCCCUCUUCAAAUAUUGUCCGGGUCGCUGUGUGGCUGGCAUGCGACAAAUAAGAACAUUUUUUAUUUAUUUUAUUUUUUAACCAGGUAAAGCCCACCGAGCUACCUAGAUUCUUUUUCAGAAGCGACCUGGCCACAAAUAUUAGCCCGACUAAGUGUUCUCGUCAUCACGUGGAAAUGUAUAGCAGCCAAAAUACUCUAAACGCUUGACGUUGAUUCUAAAUGUGGAGGGGAAAAGCGAAGGACGCAAACUCUAAAUAUUCAGGCGUCAGGGACGGGAUGGAACCCACGACCUCCUGUAUACCAGGCGAGGUAGUUAACAUCUCCUAGCCACCGUGAUGAUGAUGAGAGAGAGACGCAAACUCCAAAUAUACAGCAGGCGUGAGGGUCGGGAUGGAACUCACGACCUCCUGUAUACCAGGCGAUGUAGUUCGCAUCUCCGAGCCACCGUGGCGCCUUGUAGUAGUGACCACAGCCCACAGCGAGAGAGGACGACACGUCUCCCCCCGCUUCAAGCGGGCUCAGUUUGUGCAGUUUCGCGCGGUGUCUGCGACUAGGCUAUUUCUACCCUACGCGGUUUGAAUCCGCUCGUAUGCGGCUACGCGUUCAGACGUCGGGCAACGUUGUGUGUGUGUGUGUGUGCACUCUGUGCGCUCCUUGGCGGGCAGCCGUCUCCUCGUGCGGUUUCUCUUCGUGCUUCCCGAUUUUUCUGAAUGCGUCCACCACAACUGCGGCGGCCACCGCAUGGUGCGAGGAGAUCCCUGUAGUGGGCGUCGUGUGUCGGGCGCGACCCGGACACACGCGUGUAAAGCCCCGCUUGUAAUUCGCCCUCGCUUAGCGCGAGCUUAGCAGUCGGUUUCCGACGGCUUGAAGCGACCGUCGCUCGUUUGUUCUCUGCUUUUCCCACCGUCUGCAACUUCCUUGUCUCCACCCCCCCCCCCCAGUCGCCCGUGCUGUUGACUCCCUGCCAGAGGUCGCAAACGGGUUUUGAUUCCUUACGCGUACCCGGCCGCACCAGGGUCGCAAACGGGUACCCGUACCCGGCCGGGUACGGGUAGCCGGGUAUCGGGUAGGGUACGGGUAUCGGGUGCCCGAUUGCGACCUCUGCUCCCUGCCCCCUGUACAAGUGCAGGCUCUUAAACUUCUCCCCUGCCUCUGACCAACUCUCUCUCUAUAUAUAAACUAAAACUCUCCCCACAGUUUCAGUACCGCGUCUUUGGGACACGUUCGCACUUAGAUGGCAUAUGGAUCCAUGUAUUUGGUUGUUCGGGUCUCGAAGGCGAGACGAUGGGUCCUCUGGGGGUCUUGGCUCCCGAAGCGAGUCUCAUGGCUCUCUGUUUCUGUACAGCAUCUUGGAGACGUCGUCAAAUCGAGAAGCUGUAUAAAGCCGCGCCGUGUUGUUGUAUUUAUUGUUGUUGUUGAUGAACCGGGUGAGAAGCUAUUGGACAACCGGUCCCUUUGAGAGGAAGGGAGCGGGUAGUAACAGUGGUAAUGUUCGUCAGUACAAAAACUUCGAUAUCGUUUCGGUGGUCCAUCUUGUGCAACGCACCUCGGGUGCAGCUCUGCCCGGCAUGGCUGCGUUCGAGGUGCAAGACACGUCAGACGGCCUGACGCUCGCUCACUCUGCAAACCGCCCCCUGCGCAAUGUGGAAUGCCAUCUCGCGGUUGCGGUGAAAGGCCGCGGCGAAGGUGAGACGCCCAGUUGGACCGGGGUCUGUGGUGUGUCACCUUCAUGCGUGACCUCAUCAAUAUUGAUGCAGAAGCAUUAUAUAUUUUCAACUCGGCUUAAUGUCUUGCCAUCAUCUCCACGGCCUCGUGUGUCAUCCCCCCUCCCUGGAAUAUGCGUAGGGGGUUUCGCCCGUCACUGUUAAAGCACUUUUUGUAAACCACAAAACAGUUUCGUGUAUCCGACCCUCGCGCAUCCGCACUUUUAACCGAUGUAUCUGCCCACGCUUGGUACGGUAUUUGUUACAAGGUGGCGUUCAAGUUUACGAAAGUUUCAACUCUCUUUUGUUUCACCGGGUGAGAGAGAGCAAGAGAGCUAACUCUAGAGAUCAGGAUGAGUCUCGUUUGCAAAAGCGACCUCCUUCGUCAAAGUGACAAACGUAUAACGAUGAAGUAAACAGAAAUCAUACGAGCAAUCGGAACACAUUGCAGACGCAAAUCGACACUCAAACGAAAGUUUAAUACGUUUCCUGCCGUGCGAAUCGGCUCGGGCAGAUUAACCUCCGCAACGAUCGUGGCACAGAGAAGAGGUCAAGGUUAAAACAACGAACUGUCAUCUUCUUGGUUCUUUCGGUAAAGUCACGUAGAAGGGAAGUAACAAAAUAAUAAAAA